GCUCUGGAAGGGUUCUCCUUCACGCUCAACCGGGAGGGUUGGAUCGCGUUCGUGUCGGAGAGUGCUCUGGACGGGUUCUUCUUCGUGGUGAACCGCGAGGGGCGCAUCGUGUUCGUGUCGGAGAACGUGACGGGCUACCUGGGCUACGGGCAGGAGGAGCUGAUGAACUCCAGCGUCUACAGCAUCCUGCACGUGGGCGACCACGCCGAGUUCGUCAAGAACCUGCUCCCCAAAUCCCUGGUGAACGGGGUGCCGUGGCCGCAGGAGCCGGCGCGGCGCGGCAGCCACACCUUCCAGUGCCGCAUGCUGGUGCGGCCGCCGGACGAGGCGGGCGCGGAGCAGGCGGAGCUGCGGCAGCGCUACGAGGCCAUGCAGUGCUUCACCGUCAGCCAGCCCCGCGCCUUCCAGGAGGAGGGAGAAGAUUUCCAGUCGUGUCUGAUCUGCAUCGCCCGGAGGUUGCCGCGCCCGGCCGCCCCGGCCCCCACCGAGUCCUUCGUCACCAAGCAGGACACCACAGGAAAAAUCAUCUCCAUCGACACCAGCUCGCUGCGCGCCGCCGGCCGGACGGGCUGGGAGGAUCUGGUGCGGAAAUGCAUCUACGCCUUCUUCCAGCCCCAGGGCCGCGAGCCCUCCUACGCCAAGCAGCUCUUUCAGGAAGGUACCCGCUGCCUGGAUCACGGAAUUCUCUCCCCCCAGGACGCCCCCGGCCCGGGCCUGGCCCUUCCCAGGGUGAAUCCCAACGUUCCUCCGGCGCCGGGAAUGGCGCUGCCGCCUUCCCUCCCUCCAUCCAACGGCGCCGUCAUGGCCGCGCCCUCCGCUCACCCCGGGAAUUCCACCUCGGGCCAAGCCAAUUUCGGGAAUCCUCUGGGAUCCAACGUUGCCUUAAGCCAAACUCCCGGGAAUUCCCACCCUUUGUCCCACGGCAGCUCCCCCAUGAACAGCCCCGGAAUUCCGGCGCCGCAAUUCCUGUCGCCGCGGCACCGCGGGAGCCCGGGCUUGAUUCCCAGAUCCCGAGCUCCUCCCGGCAAUCCCUUCUCGCCAUCCAUGCACUCCCCGGCUUCCUCUUCCUCCUCCUCCUCCUCUUCCUCCUCCUCCGGGAAUUCCCGGCCUUUUCCCAACGCUCCCGUCAACUCGGCGCUUCCGGAGCCUCCGGCAAACCCGGGAUUUUUGAGGCAGCCAAGCUCCCAAAACUCUCCCGGCCGCGUGGGCGGCAAAUCCGACGCCAAGGACGCCAAGGAAAUCUCCUCCAUCCUGGGCGAGAUGAUCCAAGGGGACGGCGGCGGCGGCGGCGGCUCCGAGAAAACGCCGGAGCCGGGAAUGCCGCACGGAUCCGAGGGAGGGGACGGCGGGAAGUGUCCCCAAGGCACGAGCCACCGGCUGGUGCAGCUGCUGGCCAGCACGGCCGAGCAGCAGCUGCGGCACCACGCCGAUGCCGACACCAGCUCCAAGGAUUCCCUGGCGUGCGCCGGCAUUCCCGGGAAUCCCGGCCCGGCGCCGGCGUGCCCGUCCUCGCACAGCUCGCUGACGGAGCGCCACAAAAUCCUGCACCGGCUGCUGCAGGAGGGCAGCCCCUCCGACAUCCCCGCCCUGGCCGCCGAGCAGGACAAGAAGGAGAAUUCCGGCGGCGGCAAUUCCGGCGGGAAUUCCGGGAUGGCGGAGGCGGAGAAGAAGAAGGAGUCCAAGGAUCACCAGCUGCUCCGGUACCUGCUGGAUAAGGACGAGAAGGAGCCGGCGGCGGCGCCGGCGCUCAGCCUGGACGACGUCAAGGUCAAGGUGGAGAAGGGCGAGGCCGCCGAGCCGUGCCCGGCCGCGCCGGCCGCCGUUCCUAAAAUUCCCGCUGCCGACGAGGUCAAGAUGGAGGCGCCGGGACAG